CGUCGCCGGCAAUGUAGACAAACUGAUGCAGCGUCCGCCCGUCGUGGACAAAGGGCAUCCAGAAACGUACGUCGAGGUUUGCGUUUGCGGUUGUGAGCACCGGAACCCAAACCUCACGGUGACGGUCCGCGCGGGGAGGGCGUCGUCCGCCUCUCGCCUGGAGCUCCAGGUCGACGCCGACGCCGCGCGCUCCUGUCCCGACGAACGGAACAGAGUCCUGAUCGCUCGCCGAAGGAGGGCCACAGCGCUCGCUCCCUCGAGCCGCGCCAUGGCCUCCAUCGUUCGGCGUGCCCCCGUCUCUCGCCUGGAGCCCCAGGUCGACGCCGACGCCGCGCGCUCCUCCCCCGACGAACAGAGGAGAGUCCCAUCCCCAUCUCCCGCACCCGCGCCCAGGGGACGCCGCGUGGUCGGCGAAGCGGCUGGCCUGGCCUGCGACGCGCGGCGAACUGGAAUUGGCGUCCCCGCCGCAGCGCCCGCGCCCGCGAGACGCGGCGUGAUCGGCGGAGCUGGGGCUCGCUUGGCCGCGGCCGCGGUGGUGGUGCUGUUGCGUCGAAACAUUGCCACCGCGACGCACGUCACGCACAGCGUGGUCGGCGUGGCCUCCGCCGUGCCGAGAUGAAGCGGAAGUAGCGUCCCCGCUGCGGCGCCCGCGGCCGCGAGACGCAGCGUGAUCGGCGGAGUUCGGGCCCGCUUGGCCGCGGCCGCGGAGGUGGUGCCGCGGCGAAGCAGGACCACCGUGCCCUCCGCCGCGAUGCCCUCGCCCGUGGCCCGCGGCGAUUGCGAUCGGACCCUCCUGGCCGCGCCCACCGCGGCCGUGUCCUCCAGCCGGAGGAGCGUGGCGGGGGAGGCGCGCGUGUGCCUCGGGAGCUCCCCGAGUCUGGCGAUGGCCGCCGCGCCGCUCCCUCAUCUUUCCUUGGUGGGGAAGGCGAGGCGCGCGCAACGUCGGCGGCGGCGAGGGAUGGGGAUACGGGCGCAGUGGCGGGUGGUGGAGGCGACGGGGAAGAGGUGGGGAAUGGAGGGGGAUUCGAGGGGUUGGCGGUGGCGGAGGCGGAGUUGAUGGUUAUAAAGCCGUGGGGAGGAGGAGGCGACGCGAAGACGAAAGGUUCUAGAAGCUUAGCUCAUCGGCGAGAGACGCGAAGACCAUCUUGUUGCGCACGAUUUGCGAAGGAAACAGCGGCGAGGUGGGCCCGCGCGCGCUCGGCACAGCAGCCGUUGUCCGUUGCCUCGC